AUGGCACUGGCCCUGCGGGUAGGCCAACCCGGUCGUCUGAGAUCCUCCUCCAGAGGCUUGAACACGGAUGAGCAGGCCACCGACACUGCGGCUCUCAUUCAAAAACUUCUCAUCCAGACAGGUACUUCACAUGUUGACGAAUACCGCCGGCUGGCAGAAACUGCGGAGAAAUUGCGCCGCGACCUGGGCUCCCAGGACUCGUCAAAGGAUACAUUCCGACAUGGCGGCGGCUUUGAAAGGAUACUGGACCUGCUCAAGGAAGUUGAUCUUCGGCACGACUCACCGCAACAAAAUCAUGACCAGUACUUCGCUACUUGCGUACGUCUUAUCAGGAGUUUGCUGGGACUACUUGCCACCGCACUAGACGAGCAUCAUGGCAACGAGCGCUAUUUCCACAGCCAUCUCGACGGCUGGAGUGCUCUUCAGCAUACAUUUGACGAUGCACAGAGCAGUGUUGUAAAAUCGACUCCGUCGGAAACGGCGGCACAUCAUCUUGCUGUCCUGUACGACAGUCUGCUGGCUUUCGCUUUUGGACUUGAUGAUUUCGAUGACUUCUCCUCCAAGCAAGCAUCAACCUCUGACUAUCAAGAUGUCAAGUCCAGGAAUCUGACGAUCAAACAUCCCUCCCCGUGCGCGGAUGUCUUGCGACUGGCGCUUCAAUCCUCGACAUUCACGGGUGCGGCAGAUGUUGAUUCAAUACUGGGUUUGUCAGCGCACGUUUUCCAUGUCUUUCUCGAGAUCUUGCAGGGCAGCAUUCGCAACACGGUCGAUCUUUGGAAGACGGGCGCACUGUCGGAUGUAUUGAAGAUCACUUUGGGGACGAAAGUUCCACCAUCAUGGAGUCGGCAUUGGGAAGCACUCGUCGUUUCCUUGGGACGAUAUGGCUUGAAUGACCUAGACGAUACUGCAAUGCUCUUCAAAAAGGCCAACGAGUCUGAUUCUACGAGAGCGAACCUCCUGCAGAUACUACAGUCUUCGAAAGAGCCGGGCUUCUUUCAAUUUGACCUGAAAUUAUGUGGUUUCUCUUCCAUAGAGUUCUCUAGCCUCUCCCGAGGCUUUCCUUCUGCCUUUGGUUAUACCUUAUCGGCCUGGAUCCGAAUCGAUGAAUUCGACUCCAAAGCUCACACCACACUCUUUGGAGCUUUCGAUGCCAGUCAGAAGUGCUUCGUUUUGAUGUACUUGGAGAAGGACAGUCGCCAGCUCAUCUUGCAAACUUCAGUCAGGGCACCAAACCCUAGCGUACGCUACAAGUCGAUCCGAUUUGAGGCGUCACGGUGGUAUCAUGUCGCUCUCACACAUCGCAAGAAUGGAACCGACCCAGCUCAAAGCAUGGCAUCGCUGUUCAUCGACGGGCAAUUCGCCGAACAGAGACGAUGUAUAUACCCAGAAUCUCCAGACGAGCAUGGAGACGCUCCUGCCAGUGCUACCUCACCUCCUAUCAAUGCGUCGCGACGGUCGAGACCUGUGCAGGCCUUCUUUGGGACGCCUCGAAAUGUGGCAACGAGAGUCGCGCCAGACGCCGUUACCUCUCGGUGGUCGUUGGGCAGUGCUCAUAUCUAUGCCGUGCCGUUGACUGACGAGUUUAUUGCGGUCCAACACCAGCUUGGGCCGCGAUACACUGGCAACUACCAGGAUUGUCUUGGCCCUGUGCUCACAUAUCGUGCUUCAGCGGAACUCAACCGCUACAACGAGACAUUACACCCAGAUAAAUCUGAUCGGUCGGACAUUGUCACGGCAACCGAAGGACGAGGCAGCGAAGUGGUGCCUGAGUCUCGUUUGCUUUUGAGUAUAUGCCCAUCGUCUGUCAUCGAUUUCGCGGCAUCGACUGCACAGUCGGCUGCCGUCAGGUACGAGCUGGACAGCAAAGCUCUAUCAAAGUAUCAGCACCUGUCUCAGAAGGCAAGUGCUGUCGCAAUCAACACUGCCAUUGGUACGGUUGGUGAAGCCAUAGCAAGCACGAGGGGGGCUGGCAUCGUCACAGGUGAUCCAGUCAUCGUCGUCCCUCGAGCAUUGGAUGACGCCAGCUGGGGAUUAGGUGGAUCGCUUCCGGUCUUCCUUCAACUCAUGGAGUCGGCCAACUCUAAGACUUCCUUUCUACAAGCAGUGGAAAUCACAUUCGAUUGCAUAAAAGACAACUGGCGAACGAGUGAGGCUAUGGAGAAAGGUCAUGGCUUUGGAGUGUUUGCAAUGAUCAUUCGAGAGAAGCUUGGAGUCGAGACCCCUUCGCCUCAAACACUGCACAGAAAGCCCGCCUCGAUGCUCAACCUCGAAGAUCUUCAAUCCAUGCCUGUGGAGCUUUUGAAUCUUGUAUUGAGCUUUGUGGGUUACGACAAGGACCAUCCUGACUUCUCGCUUCUGGUAAACCCCAUGGCCUACCGUAUCCUCUUGCUCGAUUUCGACACAUGGCGGAGAUGCAACCUAGAGACGCAAGAGCUGUACUACACGCAAUUCGCCCAUUUUGUCGCUGGCAAUAGGAACAGCGCCUUCAACAUGAAGCGGCUUGUCAGGAUGAGGGUCAUCAAGAAGUUGAUUGAGGCUUUGAAAUCUGAGGACAUCACCAAGGAUGCCGCUGCGCUUCUGAUGACUUCGCUAAAAGCUCUCCUGGACGGCAACUCUGCCCAGACGCUUUAUCGAGAUGUGGCCAUGUUUGUUGCAUUUGGUCUGCAUGACAGCAGAGCAAUGCCAAUCACCUCAAUGAGGACCAUGGCAAGCACGGUAGGUCUGCGGCAGAAGAUGGGCUCAUGGGCGCGCAGUGCCCGUGGUUCACGGCCAUCAACUCCUGUUGGUGCUCCAAUGCAGCCUCAAGACCCAGGCUUGCCUCGAUACGAGCUUGCUCUUCUGGCAUUGAGGUUGCUGGCGGAAACCAUCAACGAAGACAAGACUGGAUCUGCCAUUCGCCGUUUCAACCGUGCUGUACCUAACAGGUGGCUCCUCCACAUCCUUGCGGAGGGCGAUGUUCGCGUUGUGGAACUCGCGCUUAGCAUCAUCUGCAGAGCAUUGACGACUUUGGGUCCCGAGUUCAAAGCAGCAUUCAUCGACAGAAGCAGUGGGUUCAUAACGCUCAAAUCGCGCUUGAAGCCUUUCUGGCGAUCCAAGAUAGUGUGGCAGCUGUGCUUCGCCAUUUUCUUUGGACGGACCAUACCCCUCGACUGGUUGUCAGAAGAGUUUACUGCCUUCCAUCUUGUGGAAAUACUUAGCAUCAAUGACAGCACGACGAUCGCGAAUCCCGAAGUAUUGCCUACACUGUUCGCAAUGCUCGAGGCCGGUCUGAGACAUGUCUCCAAGGACGACGAAAACGACGGUCCAGAUGCGAAGGUUCUGAAGACGGUGAUCCAGUUCUUGAGUGAGCUUUACGAACGAAGCAGCGCCUUUCGAGAGUUCGCUGGCAGCUCUCGCUACCUUCAAGAUCUUCUGUUCGUGCUCUUCCCACUCUUGACCGGCUCGGACAGGUUGGCGGCAGACACUGAACUCCAAUCCGAGGGGCUGUCAUUCAAGGGUGAAGAGGUCAAGAUGCGGCCGCAUUCAAACUCAAUCGGGGAGCGACCGCCUUCAGUCCGCAGCCUUAAGAUGGAGACAGGGAAGCGAACGCCUUCGCCCAUGUCUGCGAAUCGAGUACAGGCACCGCAACGCAUCUCCUCUUUUGUCUUGGUCAAUGACGAUGACAACCGUUUGCAUGUGCCACCUGCCCAGUUCAAUGCACCAAUGGCCCCCAAGGCGAGUGCCCCCUUGAAGAUCAGCAUCACCAAUUCACUGGUCGAGAGUCUGCUGGAGCUUGCAGUCAGCCUGUUCAUUGACCAAGUUUGUUACAAGGACAAGUUCAGCGGGGUUGGUCUGUUCUUGAAGGUGCCUCCCGGCUUUCGGGAGCAUCAGGCUUACUUUGAGUCUUAUGUCCUCGUCAAUGCGUUGUCGCAGCUUGGAAGUCAUCUACGGCUGAACCAAAGCCUUCUCGUCGAGACUCGAGUGUUGGCCAACUUGGCACGCUACUGUCAACACAUGGCCGAAGCCGUAUCAGAAGGGUGGUUCAUCGAUGGGGCUCAACCACUUCUUGAUUUUACAGGCGAGAUCCUAGAGCACUUGCAGCAACCUGAAAUCUCUUCGGUCAAAUCAGUGAGGCUGUGCAGCCAGUCGACCAACUCCAUUCGCGUUGUAUUUCUCAAAGCGACCCUCUGGCGACUGGCGGAACUGGAUGAGGAUGCCAAUGAGCAACAUGUGGGAGACUUUUUGAACAAGAUGUUAUACUGGCAAACAAUCUUGUUCGCCGCAGAGAACCAGGAGACUCUCUUCACGAAGCUCAUAUGCUACCUGCUGUACCACAAGCUGAUGUCCGGCGUCAAAUCAGUCAGGCUGGCUGCUGCACGGCUCUGGAGAAUGGUCCUUGUACAGAAGCCUACCGAAACCGCAACCAUGCUGACCAAUACCAUGGGCCCGGAGCAACGACAUCUUUCUACCGGUUUCAUGAAGUUGGUGUCGAUGGAUGAUGACGACUUCCUCACCUGGGUAGACAAGAAUCGAGCCACUCUCGAUGCGGUCUUUCACAACUCCUUGAGCAAGCCCUGGGACGAUUUCGUUAACAUCGAGAAUCGAAGUGCCGAGGAAACGAACAAGAACAGGCUCAACAAACGUCGAGAGAAACUGCGCCAGUGGCAUACGGAAGAAACAACCGCCGACGACUUCAUUCACAAGUAUGAGGUCUCGACCAACCACUGGCGAGCCAAUGUACACGCCCAAGAGCGCGUGAAGCUGCAGCGAGGACUGCAAGAUCAUCAAGAAAAUGUCAACCAGCUGUACACAGCCUUUGCGAGCAUGGAGAAGGCUUUGCAUCAGCCCUGUGGCCUUUCGCCUUCCAGUCUACCUCCUAAGUGGCGACUGGAUGAGACAGAGGCUGUGAAUCGAAUGAGAAUGCGCAUCAUACCGGACACUUCCCAUCUCAAGGACACCUUCCAGCCGAAGCGAAAGGCAUCGACAAGAGCGCCGAAUGGUCUCGCCGUGAACACGCAGAUUCCCCGGAUAGUCUCUGACGAGCCUACGCCCACCAUGACGCCUACUGCAAUAACUCCACUGCAGGCCACGAUGGAUGGAUCGGCGGAACAGAAUGAGCAGGGAAGGUCCAGGAGUGACUCUGUUUCCAACUCCCAGCUGCUCGAAGGCGGCUUUGAGAUUGUUGAUGAUCCGAAAGAAGAUGAGGAUGGUCUAAUCGAAGACAAGAAUCGGAAAGUCAUGACGAGCCUCCAGCAUGGCGACAUGGUCCAGGGGCUGUACAACACAUCUCGCAUCGUCGGUCUCGAAGCGUGUGAAGGCUUGAUCGUCAUCGGUCAGAAAUGCUUGUACAUGCAAGACAACUUCUUCCAGAGAUCAGAUGGUGAGAUUGUGAGUGUCUCACAAGCGCCAGAAGACGAACGAGAUCCUUACGUACAGCUCAUAUCUGGCAAGGAUGUCGGCUCGACAAGGACCAAGCAUAGUGUCGGGGACCAGGAGACUCGACAUUGGACUUGGGCGGAGGUGCUGAGUGUCUCGAAGCGACGUUUCCUCCUUCGAGACGUUGCCAUCGAAGUCUUCUUUACCGAUGGGCGCAGCUAUCUCCUUACUUGCAUGUCUUCCAAAGUGCGUGAUGACCUCUACAGCUCUAUCAUCAGCAGAGCACCACAUGUACACAGCACGACCGCGGUUGCGAAUGAGGAUGCGUGGCGACUGGAUACUCUGAGGAACCCGGAAGAUGCACCCAAGAAUCUGGGCUCCAAGUUUGGCAGCCUUUUCAACUCGGGCCCAGCGAAUACGGCAACGAAGAAGUGGCAGCGUGGAGAAAUGUCAAACUUCCAAUAUCUCAUGCUCAUCAACACCAUGGCGGGGAGGACUUUUAACGAUCUGACGCAGUAUCCUGUAUUCCCAUGGGUCCUUGCCGACUACUCCAGCGAAGAGCUCGAUCUGGAUGACCCAAAGUCGUUCAGAGACUUCUCAAAACCCAUGGGCUGCCAGACGCCGGCGAGAGAAGCCGAGUACAAAGAUCGAUACCAGCAGUUCGCUGAAAUGGGAGACGGCAUGGCACCUGCUUUUCACUACGGGACGCACUACUCUUCGGCAAUGAUUGUCAGCUCGUUCCUCAUUCGGCUGCAGCCAUUUGUGCAGUCUUAUCUGCUCUUGCAAGGUGGCUCGUUCGAUCACGCAGACAGACUAUUCGACUCCAUCGAGAAAGCCUGGCUCUCUGCAUCCAGAGAUACCAUGAGCGAUGUACGCGAACUCACGCCAGAGUUCUUCUACCUGCCGGAGUUCCUCGUCAAUAUCAAUAAGUACGACUUUGGCGCGAAGCAGGUCAGCGGAGCGCUUGUGGAUGAUGUCCAUCUGCCGAAGUGGGCAAAAGGCGAUCCUCAGAUCUUCAUUGCGAAGCAUCGAGAAGCCUUGGAGAGUCGGUACGUCAGCGAGCAUCUUCACGACUGGAUCGAUCUUGUCUUUGGGUUCAGGCAACGUGGAGAAGCUGCCAUUGAGGCUACGAAUGUCUUCCAGCACUUGUCAUACGGCGGCGCCAAGGACCUCGACAAGAUUGAUGACCAAGUUGAGCGGCUUGCUACGAUAGGCAUCAUUCAUUCGUUCGGACAGACGCCUCAUCAAGUGUUCAGCAAGCCACAUUCGUACCGUGAGUUGGACAAGCAAGCAGAGCAGAAGCUAGAUACUUUGGCCGAGACGCUCACACGAUUACCUGACACGCUACUUCGAAUAGGCGAAAAAGUCGCGGAUUUGACGUUUUCGCCGACUCAGACUCGUCUGCUUGCUAGUGGGCCUUACAAGCUCAACAUGCUUCCUGACUGUGAUCGCUUUGUGCAGUGGGGCUUCGCUGACAACAGUAUUCGCUUCUUCUCAAAUCACACCAAGCGAUUGCUUGGCCUGUACGAGAACACGCACGUGGGCCCUAUCACUACCGCAACUUUCGGUGACAGCAAGACCUUGAUUACGGCUGGACAAGACUGCACCAUCGGCGUAUGGAAAGUCAUUGCGACAAAGAAUCUGAUUGAGAUUCAAUCCAAGGCAUAUCUGUUCGGUCACCGCACGGCCGUUACUGUCCUAGCUGCAAGCCGUGUCUUCUCGACUCUCGUCUCCGCAUCCGCGGACGGACAGGUCCUCGUAUGGGGCUUGAACAGACACGACUGCAUCAGAGUCCUCCUCCCAACCGGCGACCCACCAAUCCAAGCCGCCCGCAUCAGCAACGUCAGCGGCCACAUCCUGCUCUGUCGCGGCCCCUACGCCCUACUCUACACCCUCAACGGGCACCUCCUCGUCAAGCAAAGACUCUGCGACCGCGACACCGACGAAAUCCUCUGCUGCGCUUUCUACGAGGGCGCGGGCAGCGAGUACCUCGAGCGCGAACUCAUCUUCACGGGCCACGCGCACGGCGUCACGAAUGUCUGGACGUUGACGAGUUUGGGCGAUGGGUCGUGGACGUUGUUGUUGGUUAAGAAGAUGGGGCAUGAUGUGAGUGGGAAUCAUGUACCGGCGGCUAUUACGGCGGUGUUGCCGGUUAGCAAGGCGGUUUAUACCGGGGAUGAGGAGGGGAAUGUUUGGAGUUGGGAGUGUGUUGUUAGGCAUAGUAGUGUUAGUUAUAGGGGGAGGGGAUGA